UGCGCUCAGAGCUUCCUGUGACAGUUACUCGACAGAAGUCAAAGGUCCUUUAUUUUAGACCUCGGUUACGUUCACUAUGUGAGAGCUUCUUUGAUGGUUGUCUUUGAAAAAGGGCCCUUUCCAUCUUCAGUUCUAUCGCUCCUCCAAGAAGACAAUAGACUGUCUAUUUAUAGCCCUGAAGUUUUUUUUUGUGUGUGUGUGUUUUGUUUGUGUAACACGAAAUAGUAAUUCUUUUGCGAAUUUCUUCUGCAUCUUGUUGUUUUCAAAAAAGAAUAACAAAAAAUUAUAAUAAUUUUCAAAUCCUUAGCUAAGUAGUAAUAAAUUAGUGAUUUUACCGUUUUCCUCGCUCAGAUAUUGCACUGUACCUAACCCGGCAAACGAGAUUUCCAGAUUAAAACAAGGCAAAAUUUGAUGAUUAAUGCUUGCUUUUUGCGAUAUAUUGAUAUACUGCUGUUAUGACUCUCACUUCUUAUUACGUUGAAAUUUACAUUUUUAUUAUCUUUAUUAUUUUAUUCGAUUUCACUUAUUAUUAUUUCCUGAGCAAUAAUCGAGUGUAAAGCAUCGCCAGUUAAUAGCAUCGCCAGUGGCCCUGAACACCGAUUCUGGAUCAGAAAAUGCAGGCGCUCUUCUCAGACUCGACAGUUUUCUUUAAAAACAUAAAACUGAUCCAGGGUCAGCAAUUGGAGGCAAUAUCCAGGAUAGCUGGUCAACUAUGAAUUAUUCCGGUGUGGCACAUGUGAAGCUUUUGACCCUCGGGAAUUCUGCAUUUUAUACGUGUAAUAAAAGUAACAUACACAUUGCAUUUUAAAAACAGUUUUAGAAGUCCACGUUAAUGAAUUACUAUCGCUAUAUUUUCUUUCUUAGGAACAUAGAUGUAUUUACGCGUAUGUGGCAUAUCGACCACCACAGGAAACGAAACCGGUUGGCCGACACCCCAAACAAGAAUAAGGAAAGUUGUUGUAUUAUUUUGAAUUCAUCGAGGAGCUUGGCGUGAUUGCUAUUUAAAUUAUAAAAUUCAGAUAUAUUAUAUACAAACUCAUGUGUGUAGAAGAGAAGUUAUGCUGAAUAUUAUUACUGGCGAUCUUCUUCAAGGUAAAGCUAGGUAGUUAGCCGGCUAGCUGAAGUGGUCCACUUUGUUGGAGUACACUGCUGAAACAUAUGAAUGUUUUUCUUAAGUAUUCUUAUUUGCAAAGAAUCCGCGCCGGUGCCGCAUCUUUAUUCGCGGUUCUGUCCUGUUUAAACGGGGCGUCGUUGUUUGCAUUCCGGCUUCUCCCGGUGCUUUGUUGUUUAGCGGUGUUAUAUAGUAGUUUGGGGGAGGUUUGUUAAGCAGCAUCCCCUCCCGGGAUAUUCGGGUCACCGGCAUGCCCCAUUAAACCGGGGGAUCGGGACCGACGGUGUGGGGACAACAUCCGGCCUGGGGAUGUCGGCGACGGGCGACAGGCAGACCGGCGCGGCUUUGGUGGCCGAUCUGUCGCUGUCCUUCCAGGACGAGCUCACGGCCACCAUACACAACGCCUUCGGGGUGGCCCUGGAGAUCGCCGUGCUGGAGGUCACCAAGCUGGUGGGCCAGGCGCUGCGCGACGUGCGCGACCAAAUGCACGAAACUCUGCGGGAGAACGAAUCCCUGAAGCAGCGGCUGCAGAGCGCCGAGCUGGAGCUGGGCGCCGUGCGCAAAGCAAACGUUGUCGGCAGAGCGCCACCGCCGCCGGGCCCCCAGGACGAGCCACAGCCCGCGAAGCAGCCGGCGGCGCCCGUAAGCGCGCCCGGGGACCCCGCCGACAUCUUGCUGGAGGAGAAGUUCGACUUUCUCAGCGUUGAUGCGCACCCAGAUCGGGACAGGUCUUUCUGUGAGAUCCGUGAGGACGGACAGGUCUGCUCCCACGACCUGAACCCAGAGGCAGGAAGCCAGGCAGCGUCCAGAUGCCAGUCUGGAGGCGCAGCCGUUUCCAAGAGCAGCCAGACGCGCAUGUACUCCGACACCCAGGUGGAGACGGUGCAUUUCGACCAGCCGUGCCCAGAAACUGUGCCGAGUAACACCGGGGCAUUCCUCAAAGCGGCGUCCCCACCAGGCGGCAGCCUGCCGAACCCGACGCUCGAACAACCGGUCAAGGUGAAGGAGGAGUCGCCAGAGGGAGGCUGCGCCCCCCCGGAGCUGGGCUGCGUCUCCGUGCCGGCUGCCUUCGCUGGGGUGGAGGAUGACUUCUGUCCGGACAGCCUCUCCCUGGCUCAGUCACGCCUACUAGAGGACUGGAGGCCAGAACCGCUGCACCUACAGAACUGUGACACCGACACCCUCGCCGCAUGCACCAGCCACUCUUUGUCUGAUUCCCCGGUUUUUGGUACUGACUUGUCCGACCUCGACCUCCAUGCGCCAUCCUCCAGUGGGCUUCCCGCCUUCUCCAAAGCCUACCAGCAUCCGGGCCCCGGGCCCCGUCCCCACUACGGCAGCCGGGUGAGCGGCCCCGAUGGCAGCCAGCCCAGCGUCACUCCCCCUACCAGCGGGACCCACUCCUGCCGUGUUUGCGGAGAGUCAUUUCACCUGCAGGAGGAGCUGCGGCGGCACCGGAGCCAGCACCACAGUCAGAACCAGGUCCACGGGUCCAAGUCCAGCCGGCACCCGAGACGGCAGGCCUUCCCGCCAGGCCGCAGCCCCUACCACUGCUCCCUGUGCGGCCGCGAUUUCAACCGCAUGGAGCACCUGAAGAUCCACCAGCGCAUCCACACGGGCGAGCGGCCGUACGCCUGCACCGUGUGCAACGCUCGCUUCCGCCACUCGUGGGCGCUCACGAGGCACUUCCGCAUUCAUACGGGAGAAAAGCCGUACGCCUGCAGUCUGUGUGGGAAGACCUUCCGGAACUGCGGGGGGCUCCGCUUCCACCAGCGUUCACACUCCCUGGAGGGGAAUGGCUGAUGCCCUCUAGUGGCCAGGAGGACCUGGGACGAAGGGGGGGCGGUCGAUGAAAUGGAGGUUUACAGGGCAGCUGGGGUUCAAAUCCGGGAUCAAAUGUGGAAAAUAGCACAGAGCAGGGAAGUACGUACUAUGGUAUGUUGAGGUGUUUCCCGUCCAGCUUGUUUACAGUGAACCCUUCUGGAUAGACAUGGUGCAGAUAAUUCAUUUCAAGUCAAUUCAUUUAUCAAAACUUAUUUAUCAGUACUAAUUACUAUUAUGCCCUGCGAUGGGCUGGCCCCCCAUCCUGGGUUGUUCCCUGCCUCGUGCCCAUUGCUUCCGGGAUAGGCUCCGGACCCCCCGCGACCCAAUAGGAUAAGCGGUUUGGAAAAUGGAUGGAUGGAUGGAUAAUUACUAUUAUUUAAUUGACCAGUGUUGGUUUAUUUUAUGUGAGGUAACACUUCACACUCGCUGGGCUGGAGCUUCAAAUCAUUUUAGAGUCAGAAUGUCCUCUUACUUUUUCAUUGUAUUUAUCCAGGGUUUCAGUCCCAUUUUCCGCCAUCAGCCCAAAGUCUAUACUGGUGUUCCUCUAUUGCCCAUAUUGUGGGUAUAUGUGCACCCUGUGACUGGCGCCCCCUCCUGGAUGUCCCAUGCCAGACACCUCCUGCUGGUUGGGAUAGACUCCAGGCUCCUGAAACCCCGUACUGGAUGAAAGGGUCGAUGAUUUAAAUCAAUGUCGAGCAUUUAUUGCAGGGCUCUUCAAAUCUGUACCUCGAUUCCAAAUCCAGGCCUUGUUUUCAGUUCUGCCAGCUAGUUACUGAUUACUACCUGGCAUAAUAAUUACUACUAAUGAUUACUGAUUCUGAUUGGUCAGAGGCUUCACACCCGGCUCACAGGUAAAGGAAGGCUGGGAAACCAGCAGGGCUUGGACCUCGAGGGCCGUGAUCUGAAUAACCCUGAUAUAUUGUGUUGAAAAUUGGUGUGUUUUUUUUCCAUUAACACUUUGUUUGCCUCGUUCUUAAAUUGGUAAUUUGCCUUACUGGUGCUGUGUUUCUGCCAGUUGUGGUAAGAUUGGUUUGGUCAUUCUAAGUUAUUUUCUUACGUACGUACUGUAAUAAUUUUCCACAACAUUUGUACAAAAUGUAAUGGUGGGAGUAUGAAAACAAUCAAUAGAUUUCUUUAUGUUGGUGUCCAGGCCUUAACUGGACUCUAAAUUUCAGAAUUUGUUGGAUUUUACUGGUGACCAAAGGAUUCAUGUCCUCUAAGGAUAAGUGUUAUUUUUGCCGGACAUGGGAGAUUGGAGAGAAGCCGAUGGACGUAAAACCCAGCAACAGGUUUCUGGAUGGAGGGACCGGGAACAUCUGAGGGUAUGAAGGGACUGGCCACUAGCUGCUUCAGCUCCGGCGCGGGUUCGAAGGCAGCACGAUAGUAUCUCCCGGCCGCGCUCUGUGGGAGCACGGGACUUACUGAAGGCAGACCGUCUGUGUUUCUCGGUGUGCGGACGGUGGAGCACGUUUAGCUGGGAAUUCUUCCUCCACAGACGCUUUGCUGGUGGUUUUCAUAUUUAAUUGUGUCUUAUUCUAACUCAUGUUUGCUUUUUGUAUGCUUGGUGUGUGAUGAUUCGCAGUGUUACGGUGCCUCUUAGGUUUUCUGUACCCAAUGUCUGUACAUUAAUGAAAAGCUACGGGUUCAUGAAAAA